GACCAUUCAAGUUCUCGCGGAGUUAGUUGCUGUAUAGAAGGGGAUAAAAUGUUAAUGUGACUGGAAAAAGGUAAAAAAUGUCGGAUGGCAUUAAGGUUGCCAUUCGUAUGCGCCCCUUAAUUCAAAGGGAGCGCCAGAGUGAACAAGGUCAGAGCAGAUGGCAGGUCCAGGAUAACACUGUAUCUCAGUUGGACGAGAAAGGACAUAGUGCUGCCUCCUAUACAUUUGAUCGUGUCUUUGAUGAGUGUGACACGACCAAUGACCUCUAUGGAGAGAUUGUGGCACCUAUUGUGUCCAGCGCCAUGGCUGGUUUCCAUGGCACAGUAUUUGCUUAUGGUCAGACCUCAUCUGGGAAGACUUUCACCAUGGUGGGGUCUAAACUGCAGCCAGGGAUAAUCCCCUUUGCCAUUGAUGCUGUCUUUGAUGCAAUUCAAAAUACCCCUGAGCGAGAGUUCCUGUUGAGAGCCUCCUAUCUGGAGAUCUACAAUGAGAAAAUAUCAGAUCUGCUUUCACCUGAAGAAAAAAAUCUUAAAAUUCAGCUUGACCAGAAUUCCCAGCCCACAGUUCCCAACCUUACCGAGAGAAUUUUGACCUGCUCUGAAAAUGCUUUAGACAUUCUAAAAGAAGGGAAUGCCAGAAAACGUGUUGGAGAGACCACGCAAAAUGAGAAGAGUUCAAGAUCACACUGUAUCUAUAAAAUGGUUAUAGAGAGUCGUGAAAGAAUUGAUGACUUUCAGCGCUCCGGAGAAGAGGCUGUUAUGGUCUCCCAUCUGAACUUUGUAGACCUGGCGGGCUCUGAGAAGGCUGGCGAAAAUUCUGGGGAAAGACUUAAGGAGGGAUGUGCCAUAAACAGGAGUCUCUUCUGUUUGUCCAAUGUGAUCAGCAAACUGAGUGAAGGGCCAGGAGGGCAGGAUUUUAUCAACUAUCGAGAUUCUAAGCUGACUAGGAUCUUACAGAAUGCAUUGGGGGGUAACUCAAAGACCGCCAUCAUAUGCACAGCCACCCCUGCGUCCCUGGAGGAGACACACUCCACCCUUAGGUUUGCUUCCAGGGCAAAGGUGAUCAAGAACAAGCCAUUGGUUAAUGAGGUGUUGUCAGAUGCUGCCCUAAUCAAACGUUACAAGAAAGAGAUUGACAGACUGAAGAAACAGCUGGCUGUGCAAGAAGCACCAACCCAGUCUUCUGUGGACAGUGAGCUCCGCCUGCAACUUGAAGAGAAGGAAAAACAGCAUCGUGAACAGCUUGAUAAGCUCAAGAAGCUGUUCUGUGUGUCCACUUUACCCAGCCCAGAAGACUGCCCAGUGCCUACUAAAAAAAUGCGCCGUGAGACUUGGUGUCCAGGUCCCUCAGUAGGGUUCAGACUACCCCCUUUGGUGUCACAGCGAGGAACUGACAACAGCUUUGAUAAACUGAACUGGAGCCGACCAAAUUUUGGCAAUACCAGUAGUGUUGAUUUCCUGGCAGAGUGGGCAGAAAACAGCGAAAAGACUCACAACUUGCUUUCUAUUCCUGAAGAGAGUGAGAAAGAGGAGUUUAUUACCAGUUCUUUUCCUGUACCAGUGACGGUGACAGCUGAAGUGUGCUGUCAGACAGAUCCCUUUCUCUUAAACCUACCAAGUGACCAUUCGGAGCAAGAAUUUGAGGACCUGAGAUCUCAGCUAGAGCAGUCAAUGAACAUUUGUGAGAAGCUGUUGUUUGAGAGAGAGAUUAAGGAGAAAAAUCUACAGGAGGCCCAGCAGGAAGUGCUACAGCUAUCAGAGAAAGUCUCCGACCUGGAGGACCAGUUAAUAAGAGUUACCUGCCAUCUCGACAAGAAAGACCAAGAAUUCAAAGAGCUGGAGGAAUUCACUCGCUAUGAGAAAGAAUUCCGAACUCCAAAAGCAAAGCGAAUAAAAUUAUCUCCUGAUUCCAAAAAUUGCCAAAAACUGGAAGAGGAAAUUUUGAUCCAGCAGAAAAAUGCUACAGAUGCUGAAACUGUUGUCAUGGAAACUAGAAAAGAACUAGCCAUAUCAAGAGAUCAUGUGAAGGAUUUAGAGAAACAGCUGGCUGAAACCAAGAAACAGCUUGAUCAAUUAAGUAAAGAAAAAGCUGAUUUUGAUUAUUUGAUGGAACAUGAGAAAGAAAAAAGUGAGAAAUUACAGAAAAACCUGCGUGUAGAACUCCAGACAGCAUAUGAAGAAAUCCGACAGCUUGAGCAGAUGAAAAGCUCUGGUGGUGGGCUCAUCAAGAAGAAUGACCCUCUGCUACACCAGCUGGCUGAGCUUCAGGAGAAGGUCGGCAACCUGGAUGUGUCUGUGGUUGUGUCUGAACGAGAUGAGCUGAAGGAACAACUGAGUGAUGCCAGAGCAGCUGUACAGACAGCAGAAGAAGAAUGUCAAGAGAAGACCAAUGAAUGCUCUACAUUGAUGGCAGAGUUGGCCGACCUGAAGGAAAGCGUGAAGGAGUUAUCUAGUGAUCUGUUAGAUUCUCAGGACGAGUGCUUUAAACUGGCUGAGGAGCUGAACAGUGCGAAGAAGGAAAUUGCGGAGAAGUCACAAAUGCUUGAAAAACUACAAAGUUGUCAUACAUCUUCAACUGAAAAUAAUGAACUUGUCAAGAACAGCGAAAUUGAGGCGUCUUCUCCACACAAUAGCUCUCCUUCUGCCAAUGUUAUAAAACUGCAGAGAGAAUUACAGGAGAAAACAGCAUCCAUCAUUUCAGGAAAAGAAGAGUUGAAGCAGACUUUAGAAAAGGUUGAAAACUUGACUGAGGAAAAUGAAAUUCUUUUGGAGAAGUACACAGAUCUGGAAGAAAGGUUGAUAGCUGCUACGGAAGAGGAGGACAGACUGAACGAGAAGAUCAAGAAACUGACAGAAUCUUUAGAUCCUGAGAAGCAUUUGAAUGAUACCGAGAAGCCAGGUGAGAAAGCAUCUACUUUGAAAGAAACAAUUUUGCAGCAGGAGGAUAAAAUUCAGACCUUGUCUGAAAUGUUAAACAAAGUUCAGGAUAAGCUGACAGCUGGUUCAGAGGAAUUGGACAAACAGAGACAAGACUAUACAGACCUUGAGACUAAGUAUCUGUUAAUUUUGAAGAGAGACGAAGAAAGAAACAAAUUGACAGGGAAAAUUGAUGUGCUGAACUGUCCUUUAAAAUCAAAGGACACUGAAGAACAUGCUAACUCUUCUUUCAGUGGGAUAGAUAAAUUUGAGAUGGAUUGUACUGAGCAGCAAGAGAACGAAUCAAUUACAGAAGCUGACAGACUAAAACAACUUAUUGCUGAAAAGGGGAAGUCUUUGGAGGAACUAAAUAAUGACGUCAAGAGAAAAGAAGUAGAGCUAAUAGAAUCUAACAAGAAGUUUGAUUCUCUUGUGGAGGAAUAUGAAGCAUUAUUGAAAACACAGCCGAUGGACAAGAAUGAAAGUGAAGAAUCUCAGUGUGUGGCUGACCCAGAGAAAUCUGUAAAUGACAAGAAAGAAGAAUUUCAAGAACUUAAAAAUCUAGUCCAUGUAGAAUCAUGUGAAUCAGAAAAGACAUCAAGUGAUUCAGAUGAAUCUCAUGAUGUCAAGACUCACUGCACUGUGUUUGUAGCACAGCCCUUCCUGGCUGAAGAAUCCAGUAGUGAUUCAGAACUGGCAUACCUCAGAAAAACAUUGCAAGAACAGGAAGCACUUACUACAGAAAUGACUGCUUCUCUUGAAGAAUCAAAAGACACCAUUCUGGAAAAAGAGAAGGAAAUUAGUUCUCUGACCAAAGUCUAUGAAGAUCUUCUGUCAAGGCACAAGCAAUUCCCUGGAACUAAUGCAGACAUGCCUUUUGAGGAUAAAUCGCUGAAGCUUGACUGGAAUCAGCUUGAUGAUUUUACAGAGGAUAUGGACAGCAACAAGAAACCCUUAGCACCUGAGCAGAUAGAUGCAAAGUCAGAAUUGAACACCACACAGUUAGAUGACAGUGAAGUUGCAGGCCUGAAGGACACUGUUGAAAAGCAGCAGUCAGAACUUUUGGACUUGUAUGUUGCUGUUGAAAAAGCUGAAACUGAACUGAUCAAGAGUAGGGCUGCUCUGAAUGACUUGAAACAAAAAUAUUCUGAUCUUUUGGAGAAGUUGUCCGAGAAAAGUCAUGUAUCUGAUGACACAUACGCAUCCAAACAGCUUCCGCAUGAACACGACUUGGAGAAAGUUUACACUGAGUUAGAAAAAGCAAAAGCUGAGCUCCAGAUUGCUAAUGAAAGAAUUGCAACUUUGGAAAGUGUUCAUACUCAAGAUGGAAGUGAUGAAAAUGUGGAAGAGGAUUUGUCGAGUUCAACAUCGAUGAAGGCAGAAAAGCCCAUCCUAACCAAGGAGUUGUCUGUACAAACAGAGACAGUGCUUGUUAGUGAAGGUAAUCAACAAGGUUCACCUGAACCACAGGGAAGUUUGCAGAAAUCUCAUGAAGAUAUUUCUGUCACAGAUAGUGGACAAGAGGUAGUGGCUUAUGCAGAGGAAGAGUUGAGCCAAUCUCAGUCAGAGCUUGCAGAGGUGUAUGCAAAGUUAGCCACUCUCCAAGCAAAAUAUGAUGAUCUUAUGGCCCAGCAUGGUCAUCUUUUGACCAGUGAAAAAAAAAUAAAGGUGCAUUACCAAAAUUUUGUCUUGGAUGAGGGAAAUGAACAUAUGGAUGAUAACCAAUCCUCUUUAGAACUGACUGCAAAGUCUGGAAUUGAACAAACAGAGAGAGAAUUUGUAACAGAAUAUGUUUGCAAAGGAGAAACUUGUGAAAACUCUGACACAUCCCUUGAUGUGGAGAUAACUACUCUUAGAAAAGUCAUCCAUAUGAAGCAAAUAGAACUGGCUGAAGCUGUUGAUGCACUGGAGAAAGCAAAUUGCCUGUUGCAAGAAAGCCAAAGCACAGUGGCAGCUUUGAAGACUGAAAAUGAGCAUCUUCAGGCGAAGUGUGGUACUGUGCAUCUCUGUGAGACAUCACAAACAAAACAGCAUGUGUCCUUAACAGAUGCUUUGCACUCAAAAGAGCCAAAUCUGUCAGAUAUUCAGGUCACCGAAGAACAGCAUGAGGCUAAGACCACUAAAGCACUUGAUAAAGCUACAGCAGAUCUGCAAGCCAAUCAUACGAGUUGUCAGACAGUGGUAGGUAGUGCACCUGACUUGACAGUGGCUUUGAACAAUGUCACAGCUGAUUUACAAGCCAGCAAUGAAAAGUUGACAGCCUUGCAGUCCCAGUAUGAUGAACUGCUAUCCCAUCACAACAGUCAGGAGCCUCAAGUAGAAGAUUCUUCGGAUAUAUCUGAGCUAAAGAUGGCAUUGAAUAAAACCACAGCCGAUUUACAAGCCAGCAAUGAGAAGUUGACAGCCUUGCAGGCCCAGUAUGAUGAACUGCUAUCCCAUCACAACAGUCAGGAGCCUCAGGUGGAAGAUUCCUCGGAUAUAUCCGAGCUAAAGAUGGCAUUGAAUAAAACCACAGCCGAUUUACAAGCCAGCAAUGAAAAGUUGACAGCCUUGCAGUCCCAGUAUGAUGAACUGCUAUCCCAUCACAACAGUCAGAAGCCCCAAGCAGAAGAUUCCUCGGAUAUAUCCGAGCUGAAGAUGGCAUUGAAUAAAGCCACAGCCGAUUUACAAGCCAGCAGUGAAAAGUUGACAGCCUUGCAGUCCCAGUAUGAUGAACUGCUAUCCCAUCACAACAGUCAGGAGCCUCAAGCAGAAGAUUCCUCGGAUAUAUCUGAGCUGAAGAUGGCAUUGAAUAAAACCACAGCCGAUUUACAAGCCAGCAAUGAAAAGUUGACAGCCUUGCAGGCCCAGUAUGAUGAACUGCUAUCCCAUCACAACAGUCAGGAGCCUCAAGCAGAAGAUUCCUUGGAUAUAUCCGAGCUGAAGAUGGCAUUGAAUAAAACCACAGCCGAUUUACAAGCCAGCAAUGAAAAGUCGACAGCCUUGCAGUCCCAGUAUGAUGAACUGCUAUCCCAUCACAACAGUCAGGAGCCUCAAGCAGAAGAUUCCUCGGAUAUAUCUGAGCUAAAGAUGGCAUUGAAUAAAACCACAGCCGAUUUACAAGCCAGCAAUGAAAAGUUGACAGCCUUGCAGUCCCAGUAUGAUGAACUGCUAUCCCAUCACAACAGUCGGGAGCCUCAAGCAGAAGAUUCCUCGGAUAUAUCCGAGCUGAAGAUGGCAUUGAAUAAAACCACAGCCGAUUUACAAGCCAGCAAUGAAAAGUUGACAGCCUUGCAGUCCCAGUAUGAUGAACUGCUAUCCCAUCACAACAGUCAGGAGCCUCAAGCAGAAGAUUCCUCGGAUAUGUCCAAGCUGAAGAUGGCAUUGAAUAAAACCACAGCCGAUUUACAAGCCAGCAAUGAAAAGUUGACAGCCUUGCAGGCCCAGUAUGAUGAACUGCUAUCCCAUCACAACAGUCAGGAGUCUCAAGUAGAAGAUUCCUCGGAUAUAUCUGAGGUAAAGAUGGCAUUGAAUAAAACCACAGCCGAUUUACAAGCCAGCAAUGAAAAGUUGACAGCCUUGCAGUCCCAGUAUGAUGAACUGCUAUCCCAUCACAACAGUCAGGAGCCUCAAGUAGAAGAUUCCUCAGAUAUAUCUGAGCUAAAGAUGGCAUUGAAUAAAGCCACAGCCGAUUUACAAGCCAGCAAUGAAAAGUUGACAGCCUUGCAGUCCCAGUAUGAUGAACUGCUAUCCCAUCACAACAGUCAGGAGCCUCAAGUAGAAGAUUCCGCGGAUAUAUCUGAGCUAAAGAUGGCAUUGAAUAAAGCCACAGCCGAUUUACAAGCCAGCAAUGAAAAGUUGACAGCCUUGCAGGCCCAGUAUGAUGAACUGCUAUCCCAUCACAACAGUCAGGAGCUUCAAGCAGAAGAUUCCGUGGAUAUAUCUGAGCUAAAGAUGGCAUUGAAUAAAGCCACAGCCGAUUUACAAGCCAGCAAUGAAAAGUUGACAGCCUUGCAGGCCCAGUAUGAUGAACUGCUAUCCCAUCACAACAGUCAGGAGCCUCAAGUAGAAGAUUCCUCAGAUAUAUCUGAGCUAAAGAUGGCAUUGAAUAAAGCCACAGCCGAUUUACAAGCCAGCAAUGAAAAGUUGACAGCCUUGCAGUCCCAGUAUGAUGAACUGCUAUCCCAUCGCAACAGUCAGGAGCCUCAAGCAGAAGAUUCCUUGGAUAUAUCCGAGCUGAAGAUGGCAUUGAAUAAAACCACAGCCGAUUUACAAGCCAGCAAUGAAAAGUUGACAGCCUUGCAGGCCCAGUAUGAUGAACUGCUAUCCCAUCACAACAGUCGGGAGCCUCAAGCAGAAGAUUCCGCGGAUAUAUCUGAGCUAAAGAUGGCAUUGAAUAAAGCCACAGCCGAUUUACAAGCCAGCAAUGAAAAGUUGACAGCCUUGCAGUCCCAGUAUGAUGAACUGCUAUCCCAUCGCAACAGUCAGGAGCCUCAAGUAGAAGAUUCUUCGGAUAUAUCUGAGCUAAAGAUGGCAUUGAAUAAAGCCACAGCCGAUUUACAAGCCAGCAAUGAAAAGUUGACAGCCUUGCAGUCCCAGUAUGAUGAACUGCUAUCCCAUCGCAACAGUCAGGAGCCUCAAGUAGAAGAUUCCUCGGAUAUAUCCGAGCUGAAAAUGGCAUUGAAUAAAGCCACAGCCGAUGUACAAGCCAGCGAUGAAAAGUUGACAGCCUUGCAGUCCCAGUAUGAUGAACUGCUAUCCCAUCGCAACAGUCAGGAGCCUCAAGCAGAAGAUUCCUCGGAUAUAUCCGAGCUGAAGAUGGCAUUGAAUAAAGCCACAGCUGAUUUACAAGCCAGCUAUGAAAAGUUGACAGCCUUGCAGUCCCAGUAUGAUGAACUGCUACCCCAUCACAACCGUCAGGAGCCUCAAGCAGAAGAUUCCGCGGAUAUAUCUGAGCUGAAGAUGGCAUUGAAUAAAACCACAGCCGAUUUUCAAGCCAGCAAUGAAAAGUUGACAGCCUUGCAGUCCCAGUAUGAUGAACUUCAAACCCUUCAUCAAGCAGUAGUAACAUCAAUGGAGGUGUCUUCUUCUGAGUUUGGAAUGACAGAGGCUUUGGAUAAAGCGAUGGCUGAUUUACAAGCCAGCAAUGAAAAACUGUCAACUUUACAAUCUCAGUAUGAUGAACUUCAGACUCUUCAUCAAACACUGGUAGCCACAAUGGAUGCAUCGUCUAAUGUACUUGACAAGACAGAGGCCAUGGCCAAUUUACAAGUCGCCAGUGAAAAACUGUCCACCUUACAGUUACAGUAUGAUGAACUUCAAAGGCUUUAUGAAUCCAAAGAAACUUCAACAGAUGUUGAAACUUCUGAACUAAGGGAAGCAUUGAAUAAAGCCACAAGAGACCUGCAAGCCAGGGAUGAAAAAUUGUCCACAUUACAAGCCCAGUUUGAUGAACUUCAGAGUAUUCAUGAAAUGUCUGCUUUGGAAGGUACUACCAAUAUAUCUGAGCUCAGAAAAGCUUUGGAUAUAGCGAAGUCAGAUCUACAAGUCAGCCAUGAACAGUUGUCAGUACUAAAAGCUCAACAUGAUGAGGCCCUAUCAUCACUUAAGUGCAAGCUAACAUCCGAGUCUUCUGAAAUGGCUGCAGCACUAGAAACUGCUAAAGUUGAUUUUGAAGAUUGUAAUGAGAAGUUAAAAGAUUUGCAAAGUCGUUAUGAUGAGCUUGUGACGUUUCAAGAUGUCCCCUCAAGAGAAGGCUACAUGGCUGAGAAAGUGACUUAUCAAGAGAUAAUUGAUAAACUCAAAUGUGAAAUGAUUGAGAAAGAUUGUGCUUUGAACAGUACAAAAACUGAACUCUGUGAGUGUAAGGAGAUGGUGUCAGAAAAAGAACAACAGCUGGUAUCUCUGAAGGAAACCAUAAAUGGUCAACAAACUGAGCUGACAGCAAAAGCAGACACUGUACAAAAACUGGAGAAGGAACUACAAGAUGUCACACAAAAUUUCACAGGCCUUCAACAUGAGCAUGAGGAAUCUCUUAAAAGACAUGCAGAACAAAUGGAGAAGGCGGAGUUAGAAUUGCUAGAGAACUCAAAGAAAUUGGUUGAUUUAAGAUCAACAUAUGAAACAGAACAGUCAGUUAAAGAAGAGAGAAAUUCUCUUAUUGAUCAGGUUGAGAAGCUCAAGCUGGAGCUAUGUGAGAGGAAUUCUGCUCUGGCAAAGGCUGAAGAAGAGGUUGUAGAAAGUGUAAGGAAACAAAAUGAUUUGAACAGCAAACAUGAAGUACUUUUAGAAAAAUACAAUGAUCUUCUGCAAAAAGAGGCUGAUCUUCAGCAAUUGCUACAAUCUGCUGAGUUGUUGAAGACAGAAAUUAGCGAAAACCUUGCUUCAACAAAGGACCAGCUGGAAAACUUGCAGCAAAAGUAUGAGCAGGAAAAGUCCUCUGCACUUCAAGAACAGGGCACCUUUGUAACGGGUCUUCAGGAAGAAAUUGAGAAAAAGGCAUCGCUAUUGUUACUAGCUGAGAAUCAGCUGAAAGAAAUACAAGCCAAGCUGGAUGCUAAGCGGAUAGAAUACAACAUGCUGUACGAAAAAUAUUCAGAGCUCACAGAAGAUUUGUCUUCAAAAGAUAUGAUGAUCACAAAAAUGAGUUCAGAGAUUGAAAUUAAAAGCAAAGAGCUGGAGGAUAAAAAAAUGGAAAUUAAAUCCAUGGAAAAAGGUUUUGAAGCUCUUGAAAGUGAGCUUAGGAGAAAAUAUGAUAAAGCUGUGAUGGAAUUAGAAACAUUAAGAAAAUCUUUGGAACAGACCCAAGGAAAAUUAGAAGAGCAUGUAGCAAAGGAAAGAGCACAGGACAAACAGUAUAACAGAAUUGUUGCAAACUUUGAGCUUGCUCAGCAGAAAGUGCAGACACUCUCUGAAAAGUGUGCACAACUUGAAAGUCAGAUAACCAUCGAGAAGGAGAAAGGCAAAGAUUUAGAAGCUGAGAAAAGAAAAGUAGAGGAAGAACUCAAAUCAAAUCAAGGUAAAGUUGAGGCCAUGCAUGUUGAGUCUAGCUCAAUGUUGCGACAGGAACUCGAAAAACUUCAGCAAGGAAUUUUGGGGAGAUCAAAGGAAGAGUCUCAUCUCGAAGGCUUACUUCGAGAGAGUCGUACAGAGUGCUCUAAGCUGCAAGAAGAAUUAAAAGCUGCUGUUCGUGAAAAAGAUCAACUAAAAAGUCAGCUGGAUAAUCUGAGCAAGACACAAUCAGAAAAGAAUUAUCUUCAGAACCAGCUUUCACACAUCAUGUCUCUUCUUGAGGACUUGAGACAGAAUAAAAAUCAUCUACAAGCCAAGCUCACCAAAGCGCAGGCUGAAAAUGAGAAGUUGAAGUCUGCCCCACAGGGUUAUGAGAAAGCUGAGCUAGAGACUGAAGUUGGCCGCCUCAGGGAUGAGCUGUACAAAGCCAAGCAGCAAGCCAAUCAGAAAGCACAGGAUGGAGAUCUGCAAGCAAAAUUAUCAGAAAAGGAAGCAGCCUUGGACGAGCUGAGAGAAGAGGUGACCAGCCUACAGCAUACAUGCAACACACUGAAAGAUCAGCUAGAGGAAAAGACACAGGCACUGGACAAAGCCAAGGCAGAUUGUGAAGCAAAGGAGUCAAACUUACAGAAGAUGAUGUCCUACCUCAAUGGACAGAAACCUAUGGAGGAAAUGAAGUUGAAAAUGGAGCUGCGAGACUUGCAAAAAGAAAAUGAGAAGCUGAAAAAAAGGAUCCAAAUGGGGAUGGAAUUGCAAGCAGAUGCAGAUACUACAAUCAUGUCCCGUGAGGAGGAAAUAGAAAAGCUGAAAGAUGAAAUAACUAAUUUGCGUGAGCAAUCAUCUACACAGUCCACUGAUCAGACUCAGAUGGGGGAGCUGUCACAGAUGAGAAGAAUAACUUCAUUGAUGGAGACAGUGGAUCAGAAAAAUAAUGAAAUUACCUCAUUAAAAAGAAGAGAUGCAACGUCUGAAUGAACAAGUGUUGGCCAAUGACAAUAAGUUAGAGGAAAAAACAAAAGCACUGGACAAAGCAAAGGCAGAUUGUGAAGUAAAAGAUUCAAACAUACAGAAGAUGAUGUCCUACCUCAAUAGACAGAAACCAGUGGAGGAAAUGAAAUUGAAAAUGGAGGUUAUGUGUCCAAAGUUCUGUAAGAGUUAUGGUGGAAGUCAACACUGGCAUAUUUAAUAAUCAAAAAGAUUAGUAUUUAACAUUGAGGACAAAGGACUCACCAGAACAGAUAAGUUCUUCAUUAUGACCUCUUGUUGAUGACGGGAACUUGUAUAUAGUUAUGACUUU